AUGCAUGAUGACCUCAAAUUCACCAAUGAAAGAGUUAUUACUAUGAAAAUACUCUUAAAUGUUUACUCUACCUUUCCUAAACAAGCUGUUACUAUUAAUACCUACCCAACACGUGAAAAAAUGAAAGAAAAUGACUAUAUUAUGAAAGCUAGUAUUAACACUUCUGAAUCAAUCAUAAUCGCACACAAGUUUGAUAUCAACAAUCUCAAAGAAGAGAACUCUUAUCUCAAACGUAAUUUACAAAGAAAAUGUCGUAAAAUUAAACGAAACUCUAAAAGCUAUAGAUAUUAUGUAACAAAUACAUCAUCAGAAUAUCUUUAUGACUUUUGUAUUAAAACUUCACUCAUAAACUUGUAA